AUGAAUAUUAUUGAUGUUGAUGCUUUAGUCAUUUCAGAUUUUAAAGGCAGUAUUUUGUUAAAAAAAGUAUUUAACAUUUCAGAAGAAAAGCUAAAUAAAAUAUUAACUAAAUGUUCUUUAGAAAAAGAUUCUCUAUUUCUUUAUGAAGAUUAUCUUGUAUUUUGUUACAAAGAGCAAGAACUUAUUUCUGUACUAAUUUCUUAUGCUGACAAUAAUGAGAUAUUUUUAGGAAAUUCAUUUGAACAAUUUAAUUAUGCAUUAAAGCGAGUUAUAAAAAAUUGUACUAAAGAAGUAGUACAUAAAAAAUACGAUGUUAUAUUUCUUUUAAUGGAUAUUUUUGUGUAUCAAGGAAUGAUCGUGGAAAAUAAAAGUGAAAAAAUGUUAGAAUUGUUACCAAAAAGAAGUUUUGAAGCAACAGAAGGAAUGAAAGUUCCUAAAGGGGUUGCUUCUGUUAUAAAUAAUGCUUCUAAGUCACUUAGUAGAUAUAUUUAA